AUGAAGAAGUUCCGCGCCAAGGCCAGCUCACUGCCCAUUUUCAACGGUAGGAUAACCGACGCCACCACUCUGACCACCAGUUCGCUGCAGUUGCCUUUGGGUCAGGUCCCAUCGCGGAAACAUUCCUCCAGGACCAGGGUCCUGCCCACGGUUUUUACCAUUACGGACGGCACGACCGGAGCCGCCAGCACUUCCUUGGCGGAGGCCAUGUCCAGCAGCAAGGCCCAGGUGCCCUCCUCGCGGCAGGAUAAUCUCCUCCAGCUCAGUGUUCCCCGGGAGGCGGCGAUGGCAGGGGUGGCGGGGCCGGAAUUGGCCAACUACGAGAAGGUACGAGUGGUGGGCCAAGGAUCCUUUGGCAUCGCCAUUCUGUAUCGACGGAAGUCCGACGGCCAUCAGAUCGUCUUCAAGCAGAUUAACCUAAGUGAACUGACGCCUCCUGGUCGGGACUUGGCCAUGAACGAGGUGGAUGUCUUCUCUAAACUACAUCAUCCGAACAUUGUCAGCUACCUGGGAAGCUUUAUCAAGGACAACACUCUGCUCAUCGAGAUGGAGUACGCGGACGGAGGAACGUUGGCCCACAUCAUCGCCGAGCGACAGGGAAAGUCGCAUUUUCCGGAACGCUAUAUAAUAGCUGUGUUUGAGCAGAUCUCCAGCGCCAUAAACUAUAUGCACGCGGAAAACAUCCUACAUCGGGAUCUGAAGACAGCGAAUGUUUUUCUUAACAGAAGAGGUAUCGUGAAGAUCGGGGACUUUGGCAUAUCCAAAAUAAUGAACACCAAGAUUCAUGCCCAGACUGUUUUGGGCACACCCUACUAUUUCAGUCCCGAGAUGUGCGAGGGCAAGGAGUACGAUAACAAGAGUGACAUUUGGGCUCUUGGUUGCAUUCUGGGCGAGAUGUGCUGCCUGAAAAAGACCUUCGCCGCCUCCAACCUUUCCGAGCUGGUCACCAAGAUCAUGGCAGGGAACUACACGCCCGUGCCAUCGGGCUACACCUCCGGAUUACGCAGCCUGAUGUCUAACCUGCUCCAAGUGGAGGCCGCGCGGCGACCCACUGCCUCCGAGGUUUUGGUCUAUUGGAUACCGCUGAUAUUUCGCAGUUUUGGAAAAAAUAAAGGUUACUCCUAUGAGGAUGACGUGGGUGACAUCAGUGGCAACCAGCUCACGGCUGCUGUCCCCGCCGCCGCCCACAGCAAUGUGUCCAUGGAGCUGGAACUGCCCACCGCCCAGACGGAGACCAAGCAGCUGAUGAGCGCGGAGACGGCGGCUCCGCACGAGAUCCUCGAGAAACGAUCCGUGCUAUACCAGCUGAAGGCCUUCGGCACCUGCUUCAACAUGGCGCCCAUCCAGCUUCCGCCCAAGGCCGUCAUCGUGGGCGUGGCCAUGUCGGACUCCCACUUCGUGGUGGUCAACGAGGACGGAUCGGCGUACGCCUGGGGCGAGGGCACCCACGGCCAGUUGGGCCUGACCGCCCUGGAGGCCUGGAAGCACUACCCCAGUCGCAUGGAGAGCAUGCGCAACUACCAUGUGGUGGGCGCCUGUGCCGGCGAGGGCUUCACCAUUCUCGUGACCCAGUCGGGCAGCCUGCUCAGCUGCGGAAGCAACGCCCACCUGGCUUUGGGGCAGGACGAGCAGCGCAACUACCACAGCCCCAAGCUGGUCGCCCGACUGGCGGAUGUCCGGGUGGAGCAGGUGGCCGCCGGACUCCACCAUGUGCUCGCCUUGAGCCGGGAGGGAGCGGUCUACGUGUGGGGCACCAGUGCCUGCGGAGCUCUUGGCCUGGGCAACUGCCAGCAACAGCAGAAAUUUCCCCAAAAAAUUCUGCUCUCACAUGUGAAAACCAAACCGUCCAAGAUUUAUUGUGGCCCUGAUACAUCCGCAGUGCUUUUUACCAAUGGAGAACUGCAUGUAUGUGGAAGCAAUGACUAUAAUAAACUGGGCUUCCAGCGUUCAGGGAAGAUCACAGCUUUUAAAAAAGUCCAGCUCCCACACAAGGUGGUUCAGGCCUGCUUUUCGUCCACCCAUUCGGUGUUUUUGGUGGAGGGCGGCUAUGUCUACACCAUGGGUCGAAAUGCGGAGGGUCAGCGCGGAAUCAGGCACUGCAACUCGGUGGAUCAUCCCACCCUGGUGGAUUCCGUCAAGGCCCGAUACAUUGUGAAGGCAAACUGCAGUGAUCAGUGCACCAUUGUGGCCUCGGAAGACAAUAUCAUCACGGUUUGGGGCACUCGCAAUGGUCUGCCCGGGAUUGGAUCGAGCAGCAGUGGCUUGGGGCUGGAGGUUUGCACACCCAACACGGAAAUGGCGCUGGGGAACAACACAGCGGCCUUCACAAACUUUCUGGCUUCGGUGUACAAGUCCGAGUUGAUUCUGGAACCGGUGGAUAUACUGGCUCUCUAUUCAUCCAAGGAGCAGUGCGACCGAGGGUAUUACGUCCAGGUUCACGAUGUCUAUCCUUUGGCUCACAGCGUUUUGGUGCUGGUGGAUACGACCACGCCACUCAUAUCCUCCUACGAGGGCGACUACCCGCAGCUUUAGGUUUAAUUAAUCUAGCAAAUUCAAUAUGAUAAUGCGCAUAUAUGCCACAUAUUUUGGUAAUACAUUUAUUGGUUUCCAAAUGUA